UAGCCCUAACCUUCAUGAGGACGACCGUGUUCGCAAAAGUUCAAUAACCUUCUUGGUUCCAAAUCUACAGCUGUUUUAGCGAAACAAGAUAUUUGCAUUCAGCGAUUUUAUGAUGAAUGUAAAAGAAGAGCAACGCAUUUGUGUGAAAUUUUGUGUGAAAUUGAAAAAAACAUUCACGGAAACCUUUCAAAUGUUACGGGAGGCUUUCGGGGAUGAAUGUUUGAGUCGUUCACGGUGUCAUGAGUGGUAUGGGAGGUUUAAGGAAGGUCGAACAUCAUCUGCAGACAAUCCUCGUUCAGGAAGACCGACAACCUCGACGGACGACGCUCAUGUCGCCGAAGUGAACACCCUUGUGCGAGCAAAUCGUCGUUUAACCGUCCGCGAAUUAGCGGAGGAGUGCAAAAUUUCCUUUGGUGCAUGUCAGGAAAUUCUUACCGAAAAAUUGAAAAUGCGCCGGCUCAUUCGUGAUUUUUGCACAAAAAACGGCAUGACAGUCUUACCACAGCCCCCCUACUCACCCGAUCUGGCCCCUGCGGACUUUUUCCUGUUUCCAAAGCUAAAGUACCCGCUGAAAGGAAAGAGAUUUCACACGAUUGAUGAAAUACAAGAAAAAUCGCUGAUGGAACUAAGCACCAUUUCAGAAGAGGCGUUUUCCCGAUGCUUCCUGCAAUGGAAACACCGGUGGGAAAAAUGUAUAGCUUCCCAUGGGGAGUACUUUGAAGGGGACAACGUUAAAUAA